AUCCAUCAAAUGGAUCGACAGCCUGUGAAAAAAUGGCAGUUGAAAGCCAAUAUCCGGACUACUCUCACUUUGUAUCGCUUCCAUUAGCCAUAUAUCCUGAACUGGUAAACAAACUCAUCAACUUUCAGAACUCAGUUCUUGGAAUUACUGAAGUGUCUAAGUCCCCUACCUCAGAAUCAAAGGCUUCAGAACUAUUUGAGUUGGGAAUUGAGAAGUCCAUCUUUAUUAAUCCAGAAACAUUCCACUUGACUGUGCUCAUACUGAAGCUUUGGAAUAAGGACCGUUUUGAAGCUGCUGCUCAGGUUUUGCGGAGUGUCUCACCAAAAGUACUUGAUGCUUUGGAGAACCGACCUGUGUCUAUAAGACUGAAGGGUUUGGAGUGCAUGAGAGGGUCUCCGGCAAAAGCUUAUGUUGUAUAUGCUCCUGUGGAAGUAAUUGGUGGUGAAGCCCGACUUUUACGUGCUUGUCAGGUCAUCAUUGAUGCGUUCACUGAAGCUGGUCUUGUUCUUGAAAAAGAUGCAAACCGGAAGUUAAAGUUACAUGCCACUAUAAUGAAUGCGGGACACAGGAGAAGCAAAAAUAGAUCAGGAAAUGCUGAUUCCUUUGAUGCACGAGCAAUUUUUGGUCAGUAUGGCUCGGAAGAAUGGGGAGAGUGUCUUUUACGUGAAGCUCAUCUUUCACAAAUGUUUGUGUAUGGUGACGAUGGCUAUUACCAUUGCUGUGAAUCCAUCCCAUUUCCUGAAGGGAUGUAGCCAUGUAGGGUGUGUUUAGUAUGAAGAAAAACAUCUUCAAAAAAAUGUUUCCUAUGGGAAAAUGAGAGUUUCUCUCAUAUUUUCUAGUGUUUGGUAAGCAAGCAUGUGAAUAUGUCAUGUAUACUAGUUGUUGAAGACAUAAAUGAUUUCUCGUUAAUCUGCUAUUUUAGUAUUGUAUUGUUAAAUUUGUUGGUAUGUAAUAACGAAAAGACCCAUUUUAUGUAAAAUACUCAUUUGGUGUGAUUC